AUGAAAAGUGGGAAGGUUGCGCUAAUCACCGGAACUACCUCUAAUUUGGGGAUAAAUAUCGCUUUCAGGCUACUCGAUCAAUUGCCGCAAGACACUAAUUUGACCUUGAUUGUUACUUCAAGGACCUUGCCUAGAAUAAAAGAAGUUAUUGCCGAUAUACAGAGUUACUGCAGAGCAAACCAUCCAAAUAGGCCCGGUGAAUUAGAAUUUGAUUACCUUCUAGUGGAUUUCACCGACAUUAUCUCAACAUUAAGUGCGUUCUACUCUCUCGAUAAAAAGUUUGACCGCAUUGACUUCGUGUUCAUCAAUGCUGCUCAGGGGGUUUACGAUGGGAUUGAUUGGAUCCAGGCGACCAAGGCUGUACUUACAAAUAUCAUUGAUGCUGUUACGUUUCCUACCUAUAAGUUGCAAAGGGUUGGCGUGAAGUCGACAGAUAACAUGGGUUUAGUAUUUCAAGGUAACGUCUUCGGGCCAUACUUCUUUUUGCAUAAGAUCAAGCACCUCUUGAGAGAUGGAGGGCGUGUUAUAUGGAUCUCAUCGGUCAUGGCUAGUCCAAAGUUUUUGUCAUUCAACGAUUUACAGUUACUCAAAUCAUCUGAACCCUAUGAGGGGUCAAAGAGACUAAUGGAUUUGUUGCACUGUGGAACACACAAGAAUUUUUUGGACGAGCAUGGAAUAUCGACGUUCAUCGUUCACCCUGGAAUAUUCACUAGCUUUUCUUUUUUUCAAUAUCUUAAUCUUUUCACCUACUACGGAAUGAUGUUAUUAUUCUACAUGGCAAGGCUUUUUGGUUCUCGAAUUCAUAAUAUCUCAGGUUAUACCGCAGCGAACGCUCCUGUAAGCGUGGCAUUAAAUGGCGCAGAUCAGUCAGUUAAGUGGGUAUCUGCUAGUGAUGUAUGGGGUCAUGAAUUCAUUACUCAUGAUGAGAUUGAGAGCACGGGCGCUGAGGAUGUGGCUGCGUACAUGAACAAGUUAGUAAAGGAAUGGGAUCAAAGAUUGCAUGAUCAGAUCGUCAUCACAAGAGAAGCUUAA